AUGAAGACAGUAGGGCCGAUUUGCUUACCGUUCGCUCCGAACACUCAGCAUCAGCAUCAAUGGCUUCGUACCAAGCAAACCGCUCGUAAAUCUACUGGUGGCAAGGCCCCACGAAAGCAGUCGGCUAUCAAGGCCGCUAGCAAGUCAGCACCGGCUACCGGUGGUGUAAAGAAGUUCAUCGUUACCGUCCAGAAGUCGACCGAGCUGCUCAUCCGCAAAUUGCCGUUCCAGCGCCUGGUCCGUGAAAUCGCUCAGGAUUUCAAGACCGAUCUGCGUUUCCAAUCGUCGGCUGUGAUGGCUCUGCAAGAGGCUUCUGAGGCAUACCUCGUCGGUCUCUUCGAAGACACCAACUUGUGCGCUAUCCACGCCAAGCGU